ACUUGGAAAAUCUGAAGGUUUUAUUCAUUUAUUUACUCCUACUAGGAAACGGAGUAUUGCCGACGUAUCCAUAAUUACGUAGCGAUUGCUGCCGCCGGUAAAUCGGCAACGUUGAUCUGACUUUGACCACCGAUUUUGAUCGAUUGCCAUUCCCACCGAUGGCCGAGAUCGAGAGUUUUCACAUCAACGGAGUGGAGAAGACGACGGUUGAAAUCACUCUCAAAACCAUAGGCCCUGCUCCUCCCUCUCGCCUCAAUGUCUCCUCUCGCAUCAAAGUGCAUGAUUUGAGAAAAUUGAUUGCUGGAAACAAUCGUUUACCUAUUGACAAUUUGAGGCUUAUUUUUGGUGGAAAUGUGUUGCAUGACAAGAAAAAUGAAGUUGAUGAAAUCAUCCAACUCAAUGAUGGAGAUUCUUUGAUUGUUGCUGUCAAACCAAAGCCACCUGUUAAACAGAUUCGAGAUGGGUUAGAUGAUGAUGACGAUGACGACGAUCUGAAGUUUCAGCUUCCUCCAUCAACAAGUCGGUGGAAGAGGAGGCUUUUCUUUUUUCUACACGAUAAGUUGAAGCUUCCUGAUAUGCUUUUGAUGGCAAUUCUCUCUCUCAGCCUAAAAGCGUGGGCUGUUAUCAUUAUAUGGUUUAUGUUGGCACCUGUUGCCCACAGAUGGGAUUUAGGACCUUUAUAUAUACUUGGGACGGGUUUUACUCUGAUUUUCCUAAAUCUUGGAAAGCGGCAGCAGGGUGACAUGAGUGCAUAUUCUAUUUUCAAUGAAGAUUUUAGAGAGCUUCCUGGGACCCUUAAUGCAGAUCGUCUAGACAGAGACAUCCGAGCAGGUCAGAUUUGAUCGUGCUGAAUGCAACUCGUGAUGAUCCAAUACGUGUGGAAGUCGUGUUGUAAGAUAAUGUAUCUAUGAAAAACACACAAUUUUGAGAAAGUUAAAUGCAAGUAGGUGCUGUUUUUCUCAACU